UUCGCUCACUCGAGCUCAUACUUACCCUAUCUUCACCCGUCCUUCCCUUAUGCUUGUGCCAGCUGCUUAGCAAUAUCUAACCUAGGAACCAUGCUAAGAAGAGAUUGGAUAAUGAAGAUAGCAGUGUGCUAUCUCCUGCCUAGAGAAAAAAUAUCCUAUAACCCUGUUUCUUCUCUGUUAUUUCUAGCCUUAUUUCCUCUCCUUUUCCUUCUCUGCUUCUAUAGAUUUCCUUCUCUUUUCUUAUCAUCUUUUCUUUCCCUCCUCUUCUCCUUACUUUUUUUUCUACUGUAG